AUGACUACCCACCACGAGACGACUACCACAACGUCAAACUCUACAGGCUCAGGUCUCUUCAAUAACCACGGCGCUGGGUUUCCACAGGACACAGCUAGCAACAACGCUCACCUGGGUGCUACAUCAGGCAGAGAGACGAACAACACACACCUCGGCGCAUCAUCAGCGAGGGAAGGCGACACUCUCUCGGCAGGAUCAACAGCCAACGGCUCAUUCUCCAGAAUGGCUAACCAUAACAACGAACUAGAGAAAGACUUCUCGAGGCAAGAUGCAGGCAGCAUCUCCAUUUCUCCUGAACUUUUCGAGAAGCUGUACUUGUCGCCACCAAACAAGGUCAAGGGUGAACUACGAAAGACCUUUGCUAAUGAAGAUAGUGCCCUGAUCGGAUUUCUGUUGUCACUUUUCCCCUUGAGCAUGACGCUCAUGGGAUGGAGGGGCGCCGGUGGCAAUGGCGCAGCUAGUACUGGAUGGUACUUCUUUGCUGGUGGCAUGUUGAUGGUCUUGGGUGGUGUUGGUGAAUGGAUUCUUGGCAACACAUUCCCCUUCGUUGUCUUCUGUUCAUUCGGUGCUUUCUGGCUCGGAUACGGUGCUACUCUUCAGCCAUUUUACAACUCCUACGCCGCAUACAAAAACCCCCAAGUCGAAACUAGCACAGGUAUCGAAUCUGUUGGAUUCAAUGUCGGUGUCGCAUACUUCAUGAUCGCCAUGGGCAUACUCUGCUUCAUCUACCUCAUCUGUUCCAUCCGCACCAACCUGAUCUUCUUCUUGAUCUUCUUCACCCUCGUCCCGGCUUUCGGUCUCCUCGCUGGUGCCUUCCUCCAUGCUGCCAAGGGCAAUGCCGCAAUCGCUUCUAAGUGUCAAGAGGCGGCUGGAGCUUUCACCUUUGUCACAUGCAUGUGUGGAUGGUACAUUCUCCUAGCUAUCAUGCUUGCCAGCGUUGACUUUCCCUUCGACUUGCCACUUGUCGACUUGUCAGGUGUCAUCAAGGGUGCCAGCGAGAAGCGCAAGAUCGACCACAUUGAGUAG